AUGAGAACAAAGGGGAAACAGUGGACAGUGGCACUCUCCCGAUCAGAAGAGAAUUCAAGAUCUCAAGGUGCAACGAACUUAAACAACAAAAGAGAAACAGUGGACAGUGGCACUCUCCGACAUAGCCGACUACGAGAAUCGAAGCCGUUGCUGAGUUUAGACUACGUAUCGGACAGGAUUGCCCCGUUGAUGAGUUUAGACUACGUACCGAACACGAUUGCCUAUCAAAACACCUUCACAGAUUGGGAGUAUACACUCAACUCACAUGUACACCUUCACAGAUUGGGAGUAUACACUCAACCCACAUGGACCUUCACAGAUUGGGAAUUGGGAGUAUACACUCAACCCAUAUGCCCUUUCACAGACUGGGAGUAUACACUCAACCCACAUGCCCUCUGCACAGAUUCGUACCGGACACGAUUGCUUGACAAAACACCUUCACAGAUAGCCGUUGAUGAGUUUAGACUACGUACCGAACACGAUUGCCUAUCAAAACACCUUCACAGAUUGGGAGUAUACACUCAACUCACAUGUACACCUUCACAGAUUGGGAGUAUACACUCAACCCACAUGGACCUUCACAGAUUGGGAGUAUACACUCAACCCACAUGCCCAUUUCACAGACUGGGAGUAUACACUCAACCCACAUGCCCUCUGGAUUGGGAGUAUACACUCAACCCACAUGCCCCCUAUGUAGCCUGGGAGUAUACACUCAACCCACAUGCCCUCUAUGUAACCUAA